AUGCAAGAGGCAUCUCCGUUCUCUUCACUUGAGCACGCAAUUUCAUUCGCUCGAGAUUUAUGGUUCAACAAUUCGCCUAUUAGAUCAUGGUUGGAUGCAUUCUCCGCACACAGGCACAUAGGUACAUCUAUUAGUAGGGCACCUACUGAACUAAUUUCGGAUUUGUGUCAAUUUGGAGCGAAGUACCGGAAGAAAUUUGGCUUCGAAUUCUUUACAACUACAGAUCUUAAACAUUCCCAUAAAAUACUGGAGGAGGUCAAGGCUCUAUGCGAGAAUAAUAUCUUGGUUGAACUAGAUUUUGCGGCCCGAGAGGAAUUCUAUUUCAUAGAAAGAGGACUCACGAAACUCUGGGAACGAUUAUCCCAAGAGGAGCUUCAAGAGGAAACAGAAGAUUUAGGGGAGGUAGUUCCAGACUCACUGGAAGAAGAACUCGUGCCCAGCAACAGUUCCGACGAGGUUGUUUGGAUCGGUGACAAGGCUACCAUGAGAAAUUAUGACCUCAAUAAAACACCAGACGAGAACCAGAUAGAAUGA